UUCUCUCUCUCUCUCUCUCUCUAUACAAGUCAUAAACUUGAAACUUGUGUUCUCGUUCUUUUUACUUUCUUUUUUUCUAAGUUCAUCUCAUUCCUUCAUCAUCUUCUUACAUCAUGCUUAUUAUCUCAGAAAUUUUUGAUGUGGUUCUCUGUUUAUUAAUAAUUACUUCUUUCAUCAUAGAUUUUGUUACUUUCUAAUCAUAUUUAUAUUGGGUUUCUAAAUAAGUUACAAUAUUAAAUAUAUUAAUUGCUGAAACAGUAGAAGUUUUAAUAAGCUCUCUGUCAGUUUCAUUCUCUCUCACCUUUUCUUUUUCCUUUUUUCUUCUAACUGAAGUCUCUUGAGCUCAAAGAAAAGGGAACUUCUUGGAUCAAGAAAGGCACAAACCUUUCACUUCAAUACUAUAUACUUUGUACAGUUUCUUUCAAGUUAUUGAAAUAUAGACAUCCUUUUUGCACUAAAACCCAGAAAGAAGCACCCAUUUUUCCCUUGUUAUAAUCAUGAAGAAUCCUCAAAAACAAAACCAGGUCACUUCAUUUACAAAACAAUUCAAUACCCAGUUGCAGCUUGUAAAUGUCGUUUCUUUUUUCUUCCUAUUCUGCUGUGGAUUAACAACAGGUCUCAUUCUCAGUUCCUACCUCAAAAACAUAUCUUUCAAUCUUCACAUCACACGGUUCUCCCUUUCUGCCACUGCUACAGCAAUACCACUAUCGCCUGCAGAAUCGACAAAGAAUGAGACAACUGCAGCAUUGCCUCGUGUUGGCCUGAAAGAAUAUCUGAAAGUGGCUGGUGACGCUAAGCACGAUAUGGAAGAUGAGGAAUUGUUGUGGAGAGCUUCAAUGGCUCCAAGAAUACCCCAGUAUCCAUUUGAAAGGGUCCCUAAGGUUGCAUUCAUGUUCCUGACAAGAGGUCCAGUUCUGAUGGCUCCAUUGUGGGAGAAGUUCUUUAAAGGGCACGAAGGAUUGUAUUCAAUCUAUGUUCACUCCAAUCCGUCAUAUAAUGAAUCAGAGCCUGAAAGUCCUGUGUUUAAUGGCCGAAGAAUUCCUAGCAAGGAGGUCAAAUGGGGAAAUGUCAAUAUGAUUGAAGCAGAGAGACGCCUUUUAGCCAAUGCACUUCUUGACAUAUCAAGCCAGCGUUUUGUUCUCCUCUCGGAGUCAUGCAUUCCUCUCUUUAACUUCUCUACUGUCUACUCUUACCUAAUGAACUCUAACAAGAAUUUUGUGGAAGCCUACGACUUAGACAAUCCUGUUGGUCGCGGCCGAUAUAACUCUCACAUGAGUCCUGAAAUCACCAUUGAUCAAUGGAGGAAAGGCUCGCAGUGGUUCGAAAUGGAUCGAGAACUUGCCGUAGAGGUUGUAUCGGAUCAGAAAUAUUUUCCAAUUUUUCAGAAGUACUGCCGUGGCAAUUGUUAUGCAGAUGAGCAUUAUUUGCCAACAUUUGUGAGCAUCAAACACUGGGAGAGGAACUCUAACAGGACUCUGACUUGGGUUGAUUGGUCGAGAGGCGGGCCCCAUCCAACUAGGUUUAUAAGAACAGAGGUGACUGUUGAGUUCUUGGAGAACAUGAGAAGCAGCAGCAAGUGCUUGUAUAAUGGAAAUAGCAGCACUACUACUUGUUUCUUGUUUGCAAGAAAAUUCCUGCCUACUGCUUUGGAUAGGCUGUUGAGAUUUGCACCAAAAGUAAUGCAUUUCAACAGAUGAAUUUGGGGGAGUUUCACAUUUAUUCUUUAUUCUUUAAUUUGUAUAGAAUUUUUAAGCAAAAGGUCAAUCAAUUGCCCUUAUUAAUUACUUCUUUUUGUUAUAUAUAAAACAUGAGAAAAUUGGUAACUUCA